CGUAAGUUUGAAUUAUUUUUCAGUAUAUCCUAAAAUGGAUGAUUCGGUAUCAAAUGAUGCAGUCAAUUCAUCAAGUUCUGAAAGCGAGGAAGAUGAAGUAGUUCAGGAAAUGAAUCAAACGCUAGAAAUUGUUCCAACUCAACAGAUUAACGACGAGGAUGAGUUAAACCAAACGUUACACGUAUUGCCAACUCAGUUCCAAGAAAGUGAUUCUGAUAAUAACGACCCAGAAGAUAGCAGAGAUAACAUAGAUCACAACUCACCGAGUAAUCUCGAAGAAAAUUCCGAUCCUGUUAGAUUUGACACAGCUAAUCUUACUUAUCCUGCGGAUGGUAAUGAUGAUGAUGAAACGAGCCCACAAUCACCCCAAAUUUCCCCUGAGUCGCCAGACCUUCUGGAAUCUGAUAACAACGAAAAUAUAUACUCACCGGAAUUACAAGAAGCUAAUAAGAAUACAGGAUCUGAAAAUGAAAGCUCAUCAAGUGAAUCAGAGACAGAAGGUAUUCCAGAAUCAGCCAAUAAUUCUGAAUUACCUAUCAGUAGUCCACCUACGUCUCCAGUACAAGCCAGCAGUGAAAAAGAAAACACGGAACAGACUUUGAAAAUUGAACCAUCUGUGACCGAGGAAAAGGAUGAGACUAGUGAACUUAAUCAGAGUGAUAACCUGAAAGAUAUUUUCGAUGAAAAUGGCGAGGAAGCAGAUGACGAAUCCGGCGACUCGUCGGGAGAUGAAUCAGAGGAUGAGUUUACGCGGCCUGUCGAUGAGCAAGAAACUGAACAAAAUGAAGAUGGAUCAAUUGAAACCAAAGGUAAACUUCCCUCGUCGCCUCCGUUACAACCACCGACAGUUGUUGACGAAGACGAAGAAUAUGACCCUGAAGCACCUGAAAUGGGAACUAAUGACGAUGACUUUGAUGAUUUUCAAAAUAUUAAAGACGCAAAUGAGCAGAAUACUGGUAAUAACACUGUCAUCGACCACCAGCCUGAUAAUGACGCUGAAAAUGAAAUACAGCAACCUCAGGAAGUUAUCAACGACAUCUUCGGGUCAUCAGAUUCAGGCGAAGAGUUCGAAGGAUUUGAUGAUGCAGACCUUGAACGAGAACAAGAGCCCGAAGAGGCUCCAGGCGAAAAACCUCGGCACGAGGAACGGGGCGAAGAUGUGGAUGAUACCGUAUCUGAUUUUGAUAAAAUGAUGAUGCAGAAAAAGGCGGAACAGUCCAGGCGAAGAAGAAAACGUCUGAAGGACGAUAUUAUCAUUAAUGACCAAGAUGACAAAAUCUUGAGCAUGGUCAGCGAAAUGCGCCGUGCUUCAGAUGAUGACCGUAGGCUUAAUAGAGAGAACAAGGUCGCAAUUGAGAAGUUGAAACUUAUGAACAGUGUCAUUUACGAGCUCAAGAAAUGUCAUCUUCUCAGCGCUUUUGUUGAGAACGGAGUGUUGCUUUCUAUUGCAGAAUGGCUGACACCGCUUCCAGACAAAAGUCUCCCUCAUCUUCAAGUUCGCAGCAAUAUGCUUCAGAUCCUCGAAUCAUUUCCCGCUUUGGACUCCUCUAUGCUACGUGAAAGUGGCAUUGGCAAAGCCGUAAUGCUGCUGUACAAACACCCGAAAGAGACUAGAGAAAAUCGAAUAAGGGCUGGUAAACUUGUGAAUAAGUGGGCACGUCCUAUUUUUCAGCUCACUGCCGACUUCGGAGCCAUGACUAAGGCAGACAGAGAGCAAAGAGACCUGGAAAAGAUGCCACCACAGAAGAGAAGAAAAGGUAACAAUGACAAGAAACGCGAUGAAGAUGAUGAAGAUGGACCUAAAGGACCUGGAGAUGCCGGGUUUGUGCUAAGAGCACGUGUGCCACAGCCUUCUUUCAAAGACUAUGUCGUCAGGCCAAAGUCCAAAUUCGAAAGAGAUGACGACGACGAAGAUGAUGAUGAGGAAACGGCUAUGCCAAAACCGAUCAGGGCUCGUGGUACGAAUAUAACCGGCAAAACAAGGCUGGACAAAUACAUAGCGAAAGACAGGGAACGCAAGACGAUCGCCAAAAAUACUCACGCUGUUAAAGUCAAUUUGAACGGAGGGAAGCUCUGAUGAUGAUGAUGAUGAAAGCGUUCGCUGGAAGUAUCGAAGCAGGCAGUAAAGAUAUGGUGCUAAUUGACCUCGGAUAGACUUGUUGUCGUAACCAUAUAAUAAGCUGGCAUCCAGUCAGUCAUAUCAGCGAGCAGAUUGGAAUGUCUACAAAUCGGAUCUUUGGGAGAAAAACGGAUCUUUGCGAUUUGCUAUGUGUUCAUAGUCUUUUUCUUUUUUCCUAUGGAUAACUAUUUACAAUUUGUUUGUUAUCUUAAAUUAGUUAUAGUAUGAUCUUUCGUAAAGCAAUCAAAAAUUGCUGUAACUUACUUAUGUUGAAAUUAAA